AUGACCAACCCCAUGGUGUCAUUGUUGACUGAUAAUAAGCUGAAUGGAUCUAAAUUUCCCAAAUGGAAAGAGAACAUUUACAUUGCUCUCAUUGGUGAAAAUGCCAUAUUUGUGUUAACUGAACGAUCUCCUGAGCAGCCGGGUGAGAAUGCAACCAAAGCAGUAAAGGAGAAGUUCGAGCAAAUCUUGAACCAGUUGACUGAACUAUUCGGGAUGGCAUCAAUUAAUUCUCGCUUUGAAGCGACAAGGAAUUUCAUCAAUGCAUGGAUGAAUCCUCAUCAGAACGUGCGUGAUCACCUUCUCAAAAUGGCGAGUUACUUCCAAGAAGCUCAGAAUCAUGGAGCUGUUAUGGAUCAGACAACUCAAGUGAGUCUGAUCUUGAACAGUUUGACUCCAGCCUUUCUUCCUUAUACUUCAAAUUAUGUCAUGAAUAAGAACGAACUUGAAUUUCAUGAGUUUGUAAACAACCUUCAGACAUUUGAAAAUUUUAUUGGAGGACCACAGAAAAAGGGAUCUAAAACUCCUAAUUCUCGGAAUGCUAAUGGGGCGGCUAAGGCUGAGCUCCAGCUGCUUGAACUCGGAUGCUAUCCUAGCGAGUUGAAUCGGAUGGUUGGACAGAUGGGUGAAGAUAGUCCAAGAUCAAGAUGA